AUGGCUGGGUCCCGUAGGAGUCCGGUGCUGAGAGACGAGUGGAGAGGCGCGCCCGAAGCUGGAGACCAGCCAGGUCGUGACAAGCACAGUAGGCCUCGCGGCUCCCACCGUGAUAGGGGGAGGGACAGAUUUCGCGAUCGGGACCGCCGUCGCCGGCCCAAAGACUCUCGACCUGACCAUUCGUCACGGUCGCCGCCAUCGCGCUCCUUCUCCGGCCCAAACGACGAACCUCAACAUCGUGAAGUUUUAGAUAUCGAUCCCCAUCGCGGUUCGCCGGGCCCGUCACACCCGGAAAACCACACCAGCCAAAAAUCAAAUCGCCACACUUCUCCCGAGCUCAAAGAUUAUCGCGGCCACGAAUCACAUAUGAGAAUUGUCGAUAGAGAAUUCCGCAGAGAGGAUUCUCCAUCAGCACCUGCCUCAAAACGCAAAAGGACACGGAGUCCAUCACCGGGGCCAGGCCAUCAUCCUUCCAAUCCCCGCGGUCCCCCGUCCAGGCAGGGAGAGGACUUCGAUCGAAACUGGUCGCACAGUAAAAGACGCGGGCGUGUACCUGGUCGCGGCAGACCUAGUCGAAGACCUUCGCCUCGAAGAGGAAGAGACCACAGGAAUAGCGAAGGCGGCCGUCGAGAUUCAUCGCGACUUGGGCGUUCUAGAUCUCCUGGCUGGGAAGAAGAUCCAUACUUGCACCCAAGCCGGCGGCCUCACAGUCCCUACCCGGAAGACGAUUUUGAAAAAGGGUCUCGUCACCGGUCGCCCUCACGCCAUUCCGCAGGCACGAUGGCUUCAAGACCUUCCGCAUUCUCUCGUCGGGGUUCAAGAGAUGGCUCGACAAUGUAUCCUUCUCGAUCUGGCAUGGACAGUUCUCACAAAUCGCCUUCCCCGUCUCGACAAGGAUCGAACCAAGACGCAGAUCUAGGAGGACCUAAGGCGCGUAACCCGCAGCGGCGCCGACCGUCGCGAUCACCAGCCAAUUCUUACCAUGGAUCGACGCGCUCAACUUCCCCAUAUUCCGCUGGACGAGGUGGACGGAGCGGACAACAGCCACCACCUCAUGGUCACCAUGGCUCUAGGCAAAAUCACCACUCCACAAAUGAUUCAUCAACCCAGUACCACCACAACCAACCUCCAAUUAAACCUUCUUCGCAUCAUGAUGGGUUAUCACACGGUUACCGAGACGGACCGUCAAGGAAUCGAGAGCUUGGCCAAGGUCCAGGCUCGGAGCGUCACUUUCCUGCAUCCGUACCCUCAGGGCCGGCAUCUCAUGGCAGAGGUCGUUUUCGCUCCCCUCAGUGGGAUGCUUCAGACUCUCGGACUAGAGUCGCUCCCCCUAGUCCUCCUCCCCAGGGACCGCCGGCGGAAAGCCCUCCACCGCCACCUCCACCACCUUCAGAGCCUCGAGCGCACCGAGAGGCGUACAAAGUGUCUAAUUACAGACCUGCGAGUCGAGAAUCGCGAGCAGGGGAUGAGGCGUCAAAACGUGAGACAGACAACGGGGGCGGUCAGCCAGAACAAUCAGACGCGCGCCCAGCCGAUACAGCUGCUCCCAGUAAGGGCGGCAAAAUUAGUUUCGCUUUCAAGGCUAAGACUGGGCCACCAUCGGCUCCCAAGCCUGUGCCGGACCUAGCUCAGCGAAUGCUUGCUCGUGAACCACCUCCUCGAGUUACUGAACCCCCUCGCAGCCGAAUGCCGUCUGGUCCACCUCCUAGGAUCAAACCCGAAAGCCGUUACGACCGUCGUGAGCGAGACCGAGAUCGGCACCGCGAUCGUGACCGGAACAGAGGUAGAGGGGAUCGAAGAGAUUAUAGAGAGCCGCGUGGUUUCCGUGAGCCUCCUCGAGAACCCCGUGAUAGCCGGAGAGACGAGCGUCGAUUCGAGCCCCGCCAUAACGAUAAAAGAAGAAAUGACAGACCACCAGACGUUAGGCCUGAGCGGCCUGAACGCCGUCGUGAGCGCUCACCGGAACCCGUCAAGCGACCCAAAAUCAUGCUACGGCCCAAGCCGCGUCCUACCAUCUCUGAAGAGUUCGCUAAGUCGGAUUCUGUGUACUACCGCAAGCCUGGAAAUGAGUCUGUGAUAGGAGCCGGCACCUAUGGAAAGGUGUUCAAGGCCAUUCAUGUCUACACUCAACGGAAGGUUGCGUUGAAGAAGAUCCGAAUGGAGGGUGAAAAAGAUGGUUUCCCGGUCACUGCAGUUCGAGAGAUCAAACUACUUCAACACCUUCGCAACCAUAAUGUUGUCAGCCUUCUGGAAGUCAUGGUGGAAAGGAAUGAGUGCUUCAUGGUGUUCGAAUAUCUCUCGCAUGACCUUACAGGCCUGAUUAAUCAUCCGACCUUCACACUUACCGCUGCACAUAAAAAGGAUCUGGCGAAGCAAAUGUUCGAAGGGUUGAAUUAUUUACACCACAGAGGCGUCCUACAUCGGGAUAUCAAAGCUGCCAAUAUUCUCAUCAGCAAUCAGGGACAGCUGAUGUUUGCCGAUUUUGGUUUGGCUCGAUUUUUCUCAAAAAGUCGGCAGCUCGAUUAUACAAACCGCGUGAUCACUAUAUGGUAUCGGCCGCCUGAGCUUCUCCUGGGUGAGACUCGAUAUGGACCGGCUGUCGAUGUCUGGAGUGCGGCUUGUGUGUACGUUGAGAUGUUUACAAAGAAGGCAGUAUUCCCUGGAGAAGGAGGGGAGAUCAGUCAGCUUGACAAGCUCUACCAUACGCUAGGAACGCCAACUCGAGCAGAGUGGCCAGAUAUCGUCGAGAUGCCUUGGUUCGAGCUCAUGCGACCAACGGAGAGACGAAAGCGGUUAUUCGAAGACGUCUAUCGUGACAUACUAUCACCUGCUGCGCUGGAGAUGAUCUCUCAAGUAUUCCGCUACGAUCCAUCUAAACGGCCCACUGCUGAAGAGGUCCUUGCCCAUCCUUAUUUCCAUUCCGAAGAACCAACCCCUCAGCAGCCGACUGAACUCGAAAAUAUCGAAGGCGACUGGCAUGAGUUUGAGUCUAAGGCACUUCGGAAAGAAAGGGACAGGGAAGCCCGACGAGCAGAAUACCAGAAGGACAAGGAGAAGCGGAAAACAGUAUCCUCCACCCAAGAUGAACGGGAUCCCAAGCGUGUUAAACAAGACACGGGUGAGGGGUUCACCCCCGCUGCACAGCCGGUUGAACAAUAG